AAGCGCAGUCGGGCUUUAAGCCCAGAGUCUCCCCGCCCCUUCACCCAUAGCCCUGCCCCGUUCUCCCGGGCGGGGCGGGGCAGGGCCCGGCGUCCAGCGACCGCUGGCUAGAGAGCCAGUGACUUCCUUGUUGGCAGUCUCGGCCAGGCCGUGUCCGGAGUCGUAGCCCCUCGGUGCUUACUCGGACCGCUAUUGCGAAUCUAGGUCCAAGCCACUACCAUGCCCAACCCCAGCAGUACCUCCUCUCCCGGCCCUCUCCCUGAGGAAAUUAGGAACCUGUUGGCAGAUGUUGAAACAUUUGUGGCAGACACACUGAAAGGAGAAAAUUUAUCCAAGAAAGCCAAGGAAAAGAGAGAAUAUCUCAUUAAGAAGAUAAAAGAUGUAAAGUCUGUCUAUCUUCAGGAAUUUCAAGACAAAGGUGAUGCUGAGGAGGGGGAUGAAUAUGACGAUCCUUUUGCUGGGCCUCCAGACACGAUUUCCUUAGCCUCAGAGCGCUGUGAUAAAGAUGACGAUGGCCCCUCUGAUGGAAACCAGUUCCCUCCCAUUGCAGCCCAGGACCUUCCUUUUGUCAUAAAGGCUGGUUACCUGGAGAAACGCAGAAAAGAUCACAGCUUUCUGGGGUUUGAAUGGCAGAAGCGGUGGUGUGCUCUCAGCAAAACAGUGUUCUAUUAUUAUGGGAGCGAUAAAGACAAACAGCAGAAAGGAGAGUUUGCAAUAGAUGGCUAUGACGUCAGAAUGAACAGCUCCCUUAGGAAGGAUGGGAAGAAAGAUUGCUGUUUUGAAAUCUGUGCUCCGGAUAAACGUGUCUAUCAGUUUACAGCAGCCUCUCCCAAAGAUGCUGAGGAAUGGGUCCAGCAGCUGAAGUUUAUAUUACAAGACAUGGGAUCCGAUGUUAUUCCCGAGGAUGAUGACGAAAGAGGAGAGUUAUAUGAUGACGUUGAUCAUCCCGUUCCAGUCAGCAGCCCACAGAGGAACCAACCAAUAGAUGAUGAGAUUUAUGAGGAACUUCCAGAGGAGGAAGAGGACACUGCUUCAGUGAAGACGGACGAGCAAGGGAAGGGGAGUCGGGACAGUGUGCAACACACCUCAGGAGAUAAAAGCACUGAUUAUGCUAAUUUUUACCAGGGCUUGUGGGACUGUACUGGAGCUCUUUCUGACGAGCUGUCCUUUAAGCGUGGUGAUGUGAUUUACAUUCUUAGCAAGGAAUACAAUAGAUAUGGCUGGUGGGUAGGAGAAAUGAAGGGAGCCAUUGGCCUGGUGCCUAAAGCCUACCUAAUGGAGAUGUAUGAUAUCUGAGAGUCUGGAGAAGUCUUCUGUCUGUCUGCAAGUGCCUUGGAACAUGGACCGCCUGAAUGCUUGCUCAGAGCCACCUUCCUUUGGUGAACAUUCCUGCCUCAGCUGUUAGUCUAUGUAGUCACCCACUAAAGCACGCUGAUGUCAGAUUAAGCACGAAGUAAUGGGUUACAUUAGAUACCAGCAGUAGAGAGAAGACCUGUUACUGUUUUGCAAAUAAUUAGCUUUAAUUUACCAGUUUGGUUUGUAUGAGAAAAUUUACUGUGGUUGUAUGUGAAUGUUCCUCAUUGAAGCGCAGUGAGGGUUGCUGUUCCUCUUAGUCACUGGUAUAAGUUAUUUUUAGAGUGCCACAUAUAAUUUCCUAGACUUUGUACAGUUUGAGUCAAUAAUAAAGACUUCUUUAAAGCUGUCUAGAUGACCUAGCUUGGCAUUGUAUUCUUCAUAGAGUAUUAACAUGUUGUCAUGACAGAGGCUGUACGGACCCACAGGUUUACCUGCUGUUAGGUGAGAAAGAAUAAACAAGUGCUCGAAUCACAGACAGAGGGAAAGUGGCAGCCUGCUGUCAGCUGGUGCACAGAGCAAACCAGAGCUGGGUUUGUGAUAAGCCCUUCAGUAUCCUAAUUUGAUGAUGGGCUCGCCAGUGUUUUCUAAUAUAAUUUUAUUUAAAUUUAAUGAAAUCAAAGAUUCAUAAGAAACCCCAUUUUACCACUAGUAUAAUGUAUAAACAACUUGAGCAUGCUUUCAGAGUACGGGGCAUGCCAGGUACUCUGUGGCCUCUCCGACCCCUCAUUGCUGCACUAUCACAGUCCCCCUGCUAGACAGCAGUCCUGGCCAGAACUCCUGUGCACUGCUCUGGACCAAACAGAAAAGAAAGACUCAGGAUGGCAGCUGUUGGCAGCCUGUGAAUGGAAGGGAAGGCUGGCCCGCUGUCUGAUACUGUUUGUUGCUGCGUGGGUACAGAGUCCUGACAAUGCUCUUUCAUAUAUAGUUAAAGUCAGAGCACUUUAACUCAUCUCCAGAGACACCAUAGCCUUACUCCGCAUCACAUGCACUGCUGACUAGAUGUUUUGGAGUAAGUGGAAUCUACUAUUGAAUCAUUCUUUAGCAGGCUUUUGCUCAACUGUUCAGGUAGGAAUGCAAAUGGGACAGUAAUAUUUUUUAAAUCUCCACUAUUUAUGUAAAACUAUAUUUACAAACAAUAGUAAAGUGUGUUGAUUUUACUGCUUAUUUUACUGUUAGAUGUUGUAUUCACUCAUUUUCCAAAGUAAAAGAAAAAAUCUGAAGUUUGCCUGUGUAGACAUAGUCCAAGUUCUCAGAAAUCAUGUUUGUAUGAUGACCCAUUUCCUACUUAAGUGUCAUCUAAAUAGGUUGAAAUCUUGGCAAAAGUUAGACAGGCGGAAGUUAAUUCAGUAGUUCAUCCUUCAGAGCAAGCAUGGUUGAAAAGCAAAGCCUGGCCUGUGGUUACGGCUUCUGUGCCUUUAACUUAGGUGGCCAGCAGAUGGCAGCAGCUUGUCAUUUGCAGGUGGAACCACUUGGGAACCCCUCCCCCACUCUGGCGGCCUGAGAAGCAGUUAGAUUUCUGUCUCCUUUCCCAGUUAAUCCAGGAGAGGGAGUCCUUUGCCAACUGAUGACCAACAUUUCCAGCACAGAAGCUGCUUCUGUCCAGAGCCUCUGGCCUUUGUUCUUUUUAAAACUCAAAUAUACAUGGGAGAUAGAAGAUUGGAACCAAAGGCCUUUAAAACUGGGAGAGAUAAGAAAGAUUGCUGUUCCCUGUGCUUCAAGUGAGCUUUCUGUUCCGUCGAUAAGCCGUUCCUGUGCUGUGAAGAAGUUUCUCCCUACCCUUGACAGUACAUCACAUUCUCCUCAAGAUCAUAAUAACAUCAUUAAUGUGAAUUUAAACAACACGGCUUGUUAGAAAAUGUGCUAAUUGUUAUGUUCUCAUUAUGUUUGCCUGGCUUUUAUUUGUUUUUCUAUGAACAGUUAGAGAGCUAAUUUUUCUGAAAGGUGAUUGUAAGUCAUAUUUUAUAUAGCAUUUUGCCUGAUCGUUUGCUCUGUACUGAAUCUGUACUCUGUUGCCAUUAGAUCUUACAAUAAUGUUCCACUCUGCAAAUUUUUAAGGUUCAAAUAAAGUUUAAUUGUUUGCAAA